ACUUGCCCGAGGCCGCUGCACGGCGGGACCACGCCGUCGCGGACCCUGCCGUGGCGCGGCUCCGGGCUAGCGGGCGCCGGGACCGCUCUCCGCGUCCUGGCGCGGGAAGACCUCCGGCGGGUGGCCGCACCUGGCAAGCGCCCAGCAACCCGGAUUCCUGCCUGGCCACAUAAUGACAAGUCUCCACUGCUCAUCAAGACACCCUCGUGCCUUCAAAACCAGUACCACCUAGGUGACUCUUACAUACUACCAAGUCUGGCUGCCAGCAUGAAACGUAGCCUUUGCCCUCUCUGGACCACAGCUUCUGCGUACUGCCUCUGAGAGAACUCGCGUUGCCUUCUGGAGUUGACUACCCAUGGCACACACUGACAGAGAAUGCUUGUUAGCACUUAUUUUUUUAUUCAUGUGGCUGUUGAGUAGAGAAACGGCUUUAAUAGAUCCAUGCAAGCGAGGCAGCGUAACUGUCCAGCCUUCCCCUACGAUUCCACUUGGGGCAGCCGCCAAUAUUUCCUGCUCUUUGAAUUCUAAAUAUGGCUGCUCUCAUCAUGAAGACCAAUUAACCCUCUUCAAGUCUGAGAAAAUUAUCCAUGUCCACCAGGGUCAAGCCUUCACUUUUCAGGUCACCAACCUUCCCCUUGACAAAAAUGUAUUUGUCUGCAAGACGAAAUGUAACGCCAUUCCUAAGGUGGUGUGUGGGGUGCAGAUCUCCGUUGGUGUUCCUCCAGAGCAACCUCAAAACCUAUCCUGUGUCCAGACAGGAGAAAAUGGGACUGUGGCCUGCACCUGGGACCCUGGACGAGAUACGCAUCUGCAAACCACUUAUACUUUACAGUUAACUGGACCAAACAAUGACAUCUUUCAGGCUCGAAACAGUUGUCAGAAUUGUAGCCAUUUGGCUCUUAGAUCUACUCUAACCCCUGAAUUUGCUGAUUCCAAGUACACAGUCAGUGUCACUGCCGUCAAUGAUCUUGGAAACUCAUCUUCAUUUCCAUUUACAUUCACCUUCUUGGAUAUAGUGAGGCCCCUUCCUCCGUGGGACAUCAGAAUCAGCUUUCUGAAUGAUUCUGGGAGCAACGGUAUACUGCAAUGGAAAGACGAGGGACACGUGGCAUUCAAUCAGCUCAGAUACAGGCCGCUUAACAGCACAUCCUGGAAUAUGGUUUAUGCUGCAAAUGCCAAAGGAAAAUAUGUCCUGCAAGAUCUGACACCAUUUACAGAAUAUGAAUUUCAGAUUUCUUCUAAGCUACAUCUCUCCAAGGGAAGCUGGAGUGAGUGGAGUGAAUCGCUGAAAACACAAACACCAGAAGAAGCACCCAAUGGGACAUUAGACGUCUGGUACAUGAAACAGAACAUCAGCUACAACAGACAAAAUAUCUCUCUUUCCUGGAAGAGACUGAGUCCAUCAGAGGCAAGGGGGAAAAUCACCUAUCAGGUGACCUUACAGGAAGUGACAAACAAAACUAUCCUGCAGAACACUACAGAAGACACCUCCUGGACCGUGGUCAUCCCCAGAACUGGCGCUUGGACUGCUUCUGUGUCUGCAACCAACUCAAAAGGCACCUCCUCACCCGCUCACAUUAGCGUAGUGGACCUGUGUGGCGCUGGGUUGCUGGCUCCUUACCAGAUCUCUUCAAAGUCUGAGAACAGGAGCAUCAUGGUGACCUGGCAGCCCCCCAGGAAAGCCACCUCUGCUGUUCAAGAGUACAUAGUGGAAUGGAGGCAUCAAGGAGAGAGCAACAAGAAGUUUCCACAGUGGCUGCGGGUCCCCCAUUACAACCACUCCAACCUGUCUGCUCUGAUUUCAGAGAACAUAGAUCCCAACAUCUGUUAUGAAAUCAAGGUGCAUGCGCUGUCAGAGGACCAAAGAGGGUGCAGCUCUAUCUGGGGUGACAGCAGGCCCAAAGCACCGCUGAGUGGUCCUCAUAUCAUUGCUGUCACAGAGAAAGAAGAAAGCAUUUUUCUUUCCUGGACCCCCAUCCCAGCCCAGGAGCAAAUGGGCUGCAUUCUCCACUACAGAAUAUACUGGAAAGAACGAGACUCUCCUGAGAAGCCUGUGCACUGUGAAAUUCCGUACAGAUACCCCCAAAACUCAUAUCCAAUAAGCAGCCUGCAGCCCGGAGUGACAUAUGUCCUAUGGAUGACAGCUCUGACAGCUGCUGGUGAAAGUCCCCAAGGAAAUGAAAGGGAAUUUUGUCCACGGGGUAAUGCCAAUUGGAAAGCAUUCGUGGUAACAAGCAUUUUCAUCGCUAUCAUCAUAGUGGGCAUUUUCUCAAUUCGUUACUUCCGGCAAAAGACAUUUGCUUUCCUUUCUGCUCUCAGACCUGCGUGGUACAGCAGAACCAUACCAGAUCCGGCAAACAGCACCUGGGUAAAGAAGUAUGCCAGUGUGGAGGAAAAGACCCAGCCUAUGGACAGUCUCCUGAUGACCUGGCCCACUCCUGAAGAGCCUGAGCCCUUGAUCAUCAAUGAGGUCCUUUAUCAAAUGGUCCCAGUCAUCAGAAAACCCUAUUGCUCCAAAAGAGGACAAGGGUUCCAAAGUUACUCUGCCUCCAAGGAAGACACAAUAUACAUUGCUUCCAGUCCACAACCUACAGGAACUCUCAAAGCUGAGACAAGACAAAUAGUGAAUCUAUACAAGGUGCUGGGAAGCAGGGACCCUGACUCAAAACUGGCCAGCCCCUUGACAGUCACCCCAGUGGACUACCUUCCCAGUCAUGAAGGCUAUUUACCCUCCAACAUAGAAGACCUCUCUCCCAGUGAGGCUCCUCCAACUGAUUCUUUAGACUUGGAGCAUCAACACAUUCCUCUUUCCAUUUUUGCAUCAAGCACUCUCCGCCCACUCACCUUCUGUGGUGAGAGGCUGACUUUAGAUAGGUUAAAGAUGGGGUAUGACUCCCCCAUGACAAAUAAUGAGGCUUGACACCUAGAAGGUCUGUAUACCGCACUGGUACAAUUACAUCUAUUUACCAAGUGCCUAUUCAGUGGUCACCACUGUUAGUAGUACCAGGACAGUGCCUGUAGCUUCAGGACAGUGCAGACAAGCCCGCUGUCUCUAGAUUGUUAGCUUCACCAUCGGGACUUAAGUCUGGAUAAGGACAUGAAAGACACACAUCAAUACAGAAGAGCUGCCAAGACAGUCACAUGCAUUUGUGGAAUACACACAAUUUUCCCAAGGUGUUUCAUAAACUUCUGCAAACCAGUAUCAGCUUGGGAAAUUGCCUCUGUGCCUUUACUCCUUGUUUCCUCUUGUCACAGCAUUUGCUGUCUUCAACACCAGCUAUCUCUGGGUCUAAAACCUCAACCUACAAUAACGAAGACCUUACUGUUUUGCUUCUUGGUAUGAGGGAGAUAAUCUUUACAGCAUCCUCUCCUUUACAGCACUGGCAAAUUAAAGUGCCACUCUAACUUAACCCUUACCAAAAGGAAAGGAUCCAAGAUCAUUCUUUCUUAAAAUGCCAAGCCUGAUUUUAUCUCCACCCAGUAACACUGAGUGACUACUUCCGUGUUUGGUACUUUGUUAAAUGAAAGUAUCUAUUGCAAAUUUGCACUUCCUUUUCUAUGUGUCCAUAUAACCCAGUCCUGUAAACUAUUCUCAGUCUCUGCCAAAAUACAUAAGCAGCUCUAGAUAUUGAAGCUAUUUGGUCAGUUUUGUAUAAAUAUCCUUGCUUCCUGUUAUCACAGACUUCAUCUCCAGUCCUUUUCAAAGUCUCAAAUUCUUUCCACUUCUAUUUUACCCUACCUAAUCAUUGUCCAGUGGUCCCACAGAUUUGACAUUUUGUUGCCUAACUCAAGAGUUUUGGCACCUCUACAUCAAUCAAGUGCUCUUAGUUGAUUGCCAGAACAAGGCUACCAUAGCUCAGCAGGCCAAACUAUUACUAAGCAAUAGUGAAUUGCUGCUGUGCUAGUCUUGCUCACUUUCCUCUUCUCUCAAAGUCCUAAGUGAUAUUGAAGUCUUGUCAAGGUUUCACAACUCACUAAAGAAUCCAUGAGAGGGGGUUGGAGAAAUGGCUCAGCGGUUAAGAGCAGUGGCUGCUCUUCAAAGACCCUGGUUCAAUUCCCAGUACCCACACAGCAGCUCACAACUGUUAACUCUUUUUCAAAGGAUGUAAUGCCCUCACACAUACAUGCAGUCAAUGUACAUAAAACUAAAAUUGAAAACAAAGAAUUCAUGUGAGGCCGAAUGCCUCUUCUAUGCUGUCCCUAAGGUUCCCACCCAUCACUUAACAGUAGACUACAACCAACUUGGCAAGAUCUCCAGUGUAGUGUCUGAUUUUCACCUGUCACUUCACUUGGCCAAUUCAGCUGGCUUCCUUCCUACUCCCUAUUCCAUCACAAGCUUUACCCAAAAAACUACUGAAACACCUUUUUUUAAAAAUGCCUUAAAGGUACAUUAAGCAUGUCCCACUUUGCCUGAUCUCUCAAUGACUGUCAGAGGAACAGGUAACCUUUUCCUACUCUCUUUAAGUAAAUUUUGCAAUUUCCUGCAAAAAUCUUUUUCCCCUUGACCUCUAGAUAAAACUCCAAAUAAAGUUCCAGGUCUUUCAUUCACAGUAUUUUUCAAUUUUAAAAUACAUUCCAUCAACUUAAAUCUACCUUUUAAUUAAUAAAAUUCCCCAAUUCCCUGUAACCUAAAUACCAUAGUAUGCACCGCCAAAAAAACAAAAAACAAAACAAAA